CGCAACGAACUCUGAACGCAGCAGUCGAGCCGAGUGCCCAAGAAGCCCGAGUCUGAGUUGAGUUGGGGGACCGAGUCCCGUCCCGAUUCUCGAUUCUCGAGUCUUGAGUCCCGAGGCAAACAGUCGAUAUGGCAACCAGGCCAAAAGAACGGGAGGGGCUGGCCAAAAGGGCAAGCAGACGUGUCCUCGUUCCAGGACUACGACUUCGGCUCGAUCCGAUGCGAUUCGGAUGCGCUUUCGGUUCGGUAUCGGCUUUCGACGCACUGCACUCGCUGCGGCCAGAGUUUUGAAGUUCCCGCUGGCCGAGUUUCGAAUCAGUUGCCGCCGACUUGUUGGGUCAUUUGCAUAUAAAUCGAUCAGUGCGCCAGUUAUCGAGCCAUCGCCACAUAAGCAAAACAUUUCAAUUAACUAACGAUCAAUUAUUAGAACUGGUUAAGAAAGUGUCGCGAUAAAGCCCAGUGACUUCCCGCACUAAAUAAUUCAUUAUCUGACUUUCCUGCCCGCAAUGUCAAGGACAUUGUCGCAUUGUCGUUGCCAUCCGCUCGGCUGAAGCUAAUUUCAUUGAGAAGGAAAACGAGGGGAUCCUGCCAGAAGGCUGGCGGCGCCCAACGGUGGGAAUUUCAUCAGCUGUUGUUGUUGUUGUUUAUUUCGCAGAAGCAGUCGGCCUAAUAAAAAUGCAAUUUUUAUGGUUAAGAAAAUAGAGCGCGGCCGCCGUUGUGUUGCACAUUGGAAAUUGUGCAGAAGCCAGAAGAAAAUGUGUCUUGGAAAAUGGAAAAGCACAAGUAGCAGCAGCAGCAGCAGCAAUAACAUUGAGCCAGUGAUGUAAUACAGAGCAAAAGUGAAGCGGCAAUUGGCAUUGCAAAAAAAGAAACAGAUUAUACAAUUUGUGUUGCUGCCGCACUGAACUAGGACAACAGCAGCAACAACAGCAACACUUGCAGCAGCAGCAGCAACAAGAACAACCACUAGUGAUAAAGACCGGCUGGCAACAGAGCAGCGGCCACUUGCAGCAACAUAAUUUCAAAGUCGGAGCGUGGGAAUCGCAAAUCGCGGCAGUGGCAGCAACAGCAACAGCAACAAUCGCAGCAACAACGAACUCUCGUGGCUCUCCAAAACGCUCAAUUCGCUCCCCGUUCUCGCGUUGGCGUUGCUCCGUUUCGCUCGCACCGCCGGCGCCUCUCGCUCGCACCCGCUGGGGAGCAGUCGCGUAUAUUUGGAGGCGUUGGGGCGACCGCUCACGACAGUUGUGCUUGGAACGCUUCGGAGUGAAGAUCGUGCUCGUGCGAUCGGUGCGCGUGAUAAAUACACGGCGAACAAAAUUGAGUGUAGAGUCAGUCAGACAGAGUCACGAAAAAUCAUAAUAAACACAAGUGGAAAAGCAACUGCUUGAGAGCUAAACAAAAUAAAAGAAAUUGUUUUUUACAAAUCUCGCACGUAAAUUAGCAAGCGUUCGCAAGAAACAAACCGCAUACAACAAUACUGAACAGAAAAAAAAAGAUAUUCAACAAGAAAACACAAAAAAAACCGAAAAUAUUUUGGCUGUAAAUGUGAAGAGACGAGAGACAGCGGAUUUACACCGAGUGAAAUUUGUGUCAUAAGCAGAGCCAAAACAAAACCGAAAAAGCCAAAUUCAAUAAAAGGCCAUAAGUGACUGUGAAACUGUGCAACUGUGCAACUGUAAAGUGAUGUGUGGUAAUCGAAAAACAGCAUAAAGAAUGGCCAUAGACCUCCUGAUCCUGGCCCUGCUGCUCGUCUCGUUCCUGAUCAACCUGCUGGCGCUGUGUGCCUUUUGGAUAACGCCCGGCCUGAGGACCACCGCAAAUCGCUUCACGAUCAACCUGCUGGCCAUCAAUCUCAUUGGCUGCUGCAUCUUGGCACCCACUUUGUUUCUGGGACUGCCGGGCAAGUCAGCGGACGUGGCCACAUCCACCGCCGAGACCCUGGAAUUCUUCUCGAAGCCGGGUAACCAUCAGGUGAUACUCCGUCGCAAUGGCCAGCUGGUGGAGCAGGAUGGCGUCGUGGUGCGAAAGAACAUCAGCGAAAACGGCGAUACGGUGGAGACCUUCUUCAAGUGCAACGCCACCUACUGCCGCGAGUUGACCAUCGAUGAGCGCGGAGAUGGUGGCUUUGUCAUCACCGAAACCGAAACGCACGAGGAGAACCUCUCGGCCUUUGAGAGUUCACCCACGGAGGCUCCCAUUUUGCCGCCCGUCCAACUGAGAUGUUGGUCCAUAGACAUGACAGCUGCGCUGGGAGCUCUGGCAGUGCUGCUCGUGGUGGGGGACACCUGGUGCGCCGUCACCGAUCCCCUGCGCUAUCACAGUCGCAUUUCGGGCGUGAAAACCUGGAUCUUCAUAGCACUCACCUGGGUGGUGGGCAUACUCUUCGGAGGGCUUUCCGCCUUCCGAGUUCUGGACUUCGAGGCGGACACACUGUUCAGCAGACAGCGCCGCCUGGCAGUCACGUACUUGAACAUCAGCAGCACCAACAGUAUUUUCGGAGUGGUGUACGCCAGUGUCUACUUCAUCGUAAUCAUCCUGCUGCCCUUCGGAUUCGUGUGCGGCAUGUACUGGAGGAUAUUCAGUGAGGCGCGCGGCAAUGGGCUGCGAAUGCGACAGAAUGGAUCUUCGCCGCUGCUGCAGAGCGCCUUGAAUCUGACGGCUGGCCAGCAGGCGGCCCAGGCCAAUCAGUUCUCCAAUAGCUUGUGUGUUCAUCGACAUUCCAUAUCCUCGGCCAGUUCGCAUGGCGGCAACAGCAGCCUGGGCUUGGGCGGUCUGCAAAUGCAAAUCGAUCAGCGCCAACAGCCAAGGAGUUCGCCCAGCUGUCUUCGCAGGGAUUCGGCCGCGAAAGUCCUUCUGCCCACCAUAUCCGAUGAUGGUGGCUCAGAUGCGGAAAGUGGUACCGGAGUUCAGCUGAUGCCCGUGCAGGAGCACUCACUGUCUGAUAGAAAUCAGAAUAUUAUGCUGACUCUGCAAACGGCCAGUGGUGAGAUCAAGAGGAACUACUCCGCCAGGCAGCUGCCCUUGUUGGGCACUUCGUCGCAGGAUCUGAGGGAGACCAAUCGUCUGCAGGGCAUUCGUCAGGUGCACAGCUCGCCCAAUCUCCACAAGUACACGGAACUCCGUCAGGAUUCCCUCAGUGAGGAGUGCGGUUCGCCGCAUCUUCUGGGUCACGCUCAGCGGCAGCAGCAGCAGCAGUUGCACCUGCAACAUCAGCAGCAGCAGCAUCAUCACCACCAGCAACAUCACCCGCACUUCAGUUCGCCGCGCCACCAGCAGCACGGCCACGCCCUCCAGAUUCCCGCCAUUCACGCCUCCCCCAAGGCCCUCAGCUACAUGAGCUCCUUGCGACACCGCCUGAGCAACGCCAGUUCGCUGUUCAAGUACCGCGAGGAGUCGAGAGCCGCCCGCAUCAGCAUCCUGGUGGUGGUGAUGUUUGUGGUCUCGUACCUGCCCUUCGGACUGCUGGUACUGCUGCAAUCGCGGCUGACGGCUGCCAAUUUCGGCGGAUCCUCGCAGCUGGCCAUCUUCAUGAUCCUGCUGGCCAAUCUCAGUUCGCCAUUCAUCUUUGCCUACAGGAAUAAGCGGGUGAGGCGUGGAGUCAAGCGGCUGUUUGGCCUGGACUCGUCGUCCGGUCUGCAGCGCAACUGCAGCAGCAGUGUGAAGACCAACGGCACCGCGGGACCUGCUGCAGGUGGGGCACAGUUGCAGCGCAACAGCAGCAAGUUGUCGCAGUACAGCAGCAACAGCUGCAGGUACCUCACCCCACAGAGCUCCCUGGUCGGCUCCCAGGUGCCCGUGCACACGACCUUGACCUUGAGGCCCAACAGCAGCUGCAGCACUAUCAUCAAUUUCGGCGGUGCCAGGGGUUCAGCGGACUCCGAUGAGCAGCCACCGGCAACACCACCACCCACUGCAGUUGCACCACCGCCCACUCGACCGCUGCGCCCCAAACUGCAGCGGGGCAUCACCAUUGUGGAGCACAUUGCUAUAACACCAACCACGCCCCAAAAGUUCCAGAAUCGGCGUGCCAGGCUCUUCGACAUGUUCUUCCGCAGCUCCAAGAAACUGCAGUCGGGCUGCCAGAGCCAGAGUUUGCCCACUGAGGUUUAAACGAGGGGGGAAGUUAUGAUAACUAUACAUUUAGGAACGUAGACAAACACUAAACUCGCUUGCUGAAGAAUUCUAAAAACAGUAUUCGUAAUUUGUAAGUUUAGCAAUUAACAAAGACAACUGUUUGAAUUUGAGUUUUAAGACCAGAUAAAUGCUGUCCUAGAAGCUUCACAUGCCAAAAAAACGAAACCACAAAGAAAGUCAAGCUAGAAAGUUUGAGAUGCUUUAAAGUAACACAAAAACAAAACAAAACAAAACAAAACAAAAAACAAAGUACCUUUUAAAAAAUAGAAGAAAACUGUGUACAAGUCAAAUUAACAAUGAUUGAGAGUGACGGGAGUUAUAAUCCUAGGGUGGAUAUCAAACUGAAAAGUGGAACCAAGCCAAUCCAAGUUGAGAUCGUAAUCAAUGUACCUAAGCAACUUGCAUAUGAACAUUUAAUGUUUUACAUUUUACUCAGAUAAAAUCACAGGAAAAUAGCAAAGACAGCACAGCUUUUUCGAACUUCCCAACUAGUUUAUUAUUUAUUGAAGCAAUUGUAAAUAUUUAUUAGGCAUCCACACCGCAAAGCUUUAACUCCAAAAAAACAUUCUGGCUAAACAAGAAGAGACGCAUACAUUCAAUUCAUAAGUUAAUUAAGUCAAUGUGCAAAGCAUAUGUGUAUUCUAGCCUUUAAGUUGUAGAGCCGAGUAGUCUUAAACCGAGCACCUAGUGCCGAGCAGUGCUUUUUCCACCUGGCCAACUGGAGCGAGCGUCUUUCGCAGGCGGCAUUUUCAUAUUGAAAAUGCAUUUUGGCCAGUGCACAGUUGGUGGUUUUCCAGUUGGCCAGAAACCAGCAGUCCAGCAGUCAGUCAGCAGUUAGUUAGCCUUUGGUUAGCCAACGGCUAUUGGGCUAUUGGGCCAUUAAGUCAAUUUGCUUUUUAGAACACCGCGGGCAUUGCGUGCAGCUAAAUACCUCAUUAGAUUUAAUUUAAAGUGCGAGAUGGAUGGCGGCAAAAGGCCAAAGGUCGGAGCCAUCGACACGCCCCAUGCAUAAUGCAUGGAAAAUGUUCGAUUGCCUCUGGCAUUUGUAUCAUUUGCUUUAGUAAGCUGCAGGCCAGAAAGCUUUAUACCUUAAGUUCUCCUGCUUUCCCCUUUUCCCCUGGCUGCACAGAACGCAACAAAAGCAAAACUCACACAACAAAAAACAACCUCGAAUUUAUAUUUCUAAAGUUUAUAUUUUAUAAAAGAGUGUGUGCAUAGGAAAUAUCUAUAAAUAUUCAUGCAUGUGUGUCGGACAAAGGAAAUAUUUCAAAACCAAUUAUUGUGAUGUUGAGCAAGGGGGGGCAACCAAGAAUGUAAUUUCGAAAUGCAUUAAAAAUAACUUAAAACAUGUAUUAAUAGUUAUACUACUAUAUACAAGCUUAUGUGUGUAUACAUACUUUACUAAAUAGUGAUAUUUUUUCAAAUUUAUUCAACUGUCAUUCGCUAAACCAUUCAAUGUAAGCGCAAAAAGCAAAUGUAACAUUAAACAAAACCAAUUUCAAUGUGACAAAUUAGCUUUUAAUCCGAAACGAAAAGCAACAAUUGAUGGCUGAUGCAAGUCUAAUCCGGUAUAUUCCAGCCAAGCUGCUAAUAAAUUCGAAAAUGAAACACAACACAACCAAACCAUACCAAACCACAAAAAGAGCAAGAAACUAUUCAAAUAAAAGAUUAUGUGUCUUAAAAGAAUUAA